AUCGCCAUAUUUACGAAUCAGUCGUCAUCUCCUCUGAAAUGUAUUAUUGAAUGAAUAAAACUCAAAACAGUCAUUAAUUAUGAAUAAAUUGGUGAGAAAUGUCCUCUCGAGUGGCCGGUUGUUCUCUUAUAGAUGUGCAGUGGGUUGUCAAUGUCCAAAAUUCACCAGGGAAUUGCACGUCGACUACAGAAAUCCUGACGUCCGCGGUUGUCUUCAGUCCCCAAAACCCCUAACUCAACUCCAAAGGAAUAUGUUCAUCCAAACGCAGGACACACCGAACCCCAACAGCCUGAAGUUCCUCCCCGGCGUUCCUGUGAUGGAGACUGGACAGACCAAGGACUUUCCCAAUGCCACCGAGAGCUACUGCUCACCCCUUGCGAAGAUGCUGUUCAGGAUCGAGGGGGUUAAAUCCAUUUUCUACGGCCCUGACUUCAUCACUGUGACGAAGGUCGAUGAAGAUGUUGACUGGAAUCUCCUGAAACCUGAAAUAUUCGCGACAAUCAUGGACUUCUUCUCGACGGGGCUGCCCAUCAUAACGGAGGAACAACCGUCCUCUGAUACACAAAUAAGUGAAGACGAUGAUGAGAUUGUCCAGAUGAUCAAGGAGUUGCUGGACACUAGAAUCAGACCUACGGUUCAGGAAGAUGGUGGGGACAUAGUUUUUGUGGGGUUUGAGAAUGGAAUUGUGAAGCUGAAGAUGCAGGGCUCCUGCACAAGCUGUCCCAGCUCAGUAGUGACCCUCAAGAAUGGAGUGCAGAAUAUGAUGCAGUUUUAUAUUCCUGAGGUGCUUGGAGUCGAGCAGGUGGAGGACGAGACCGACAAAGUCGCCAAAAAGGAGUUUGAUAAAUUGGAGGAGAAGAUAAAUGUCAAGGGAUCAGAGAACGAGAAAUGAAGUCAUUCAAUCUAAUAGUGAAGUUAUAAAUCAUAAGAGCACCUUUAAUAUUUUAUACUAAAUCUCCAUUCAUCUGGGAAACGAGUAAUUUUAGAAGAAAAUGUCGCAAGACUUUUUUGUAGAGAAUUAAAUUUUCGACAAAAAAUCCUUCUCUACAUUUUCCACUAAAACUUUUUAUUCAAAAAAUAAUUGAAUGGUGUUUCCUUACGUUUUAUCACUUCGCUACUGAUUUCCCCCUGAAUUUGUCAAAUAAAAAUAAUCAAAUACUGUACUAUAACUAGAUAAAUAAUUAGAAUAAUAACGAGAGCAAUUCUACAGUUUUAAUUGUUUUUUCAAUUUUUUUAUUUCGUGGUUUCAUGAAAAAAACGAAGAUUUUUUUAACCACAAAUUGGAAAAUGUAGAGGAAAGAAUAAACUACACUGGAUUAUUGUC